AUGUCGGCUCGUGAUCGUGGAAAGAGACUAUACAAACUGGCCGACCUGAUGGAAGAACACAAGGAGGAACUGGCCACACUUGAGUCACUUGACGCAGGAGCGGUCUAUACGCUGGCACUGAAGACGCACGUAGGAAUGUCGAUCGAUGUGUGGCGCUAUUUUGCUGGAUGGUGCGAUAAAAUCGAGGGCCACACAAUCCCAAUUUCAAACGCCCGACCCAACUUCAACUUGACACUGACAAAGCGUGAGCCAGUCGGUGUGGUCGGUCUGAUCACACCGUGGAACUACCCGCUUAUGAUGCUAUCGUGGAAAAUGGCUGCCUGUUUAGGCCGCCGGAAACACGGUCGUUCACAAACCGGCUCAGGUGACACCACUUACUGCGUUGAAAUUCGCCGAACUAUCAGUACUGGCCGGAAUCCCUCCUGGAGAAAGCGAAAAUUCUUUCGGCAUAUCCAGACGUGCCGAAAAAUCGAUUCACUUAUCAACCGGAAUACGGCGCUCAGUUAUGCCAGCUGCGCCAAAUCAAACGUCAAAAAAGUGUCUUUGGAACUGGGAGGUAAAUCGCCAUUAAUCGUUUUCGCCGACGCAGACCUUGACAAAGCUAUCAAGCAGACCUGCAAUGCGGUGUUCUUCAACAAGGGUGAGAACUGUAUCGCAGCUGGAAGAAUUUUCGUUGCCAACAGCAUUCAUGACGAUUUCAUGGAGAAGUUGGUGGAAGAAACGAAAAAGUACGUCAUCGGUGAUCCACUCGACAGAUCCACCAAUCAUGGACCACAAAAUCACAAAGCUCAUUUGGACAAGCUCAUCGAGUACGUUCAGAAGUCAGUUGCCGGCGGGGCGAAGCUUGUGCUGGGCGGUGAACGACUCAAACGACCGGGUCUUUUCUUCCCACCGACAAUUCUCGCAGAAGUUGAGGACGACAACUUCGCCGCCAUAGAAGAGUCAUUUGGUCCAAUUAUGUGCGUCAGCCGAUUCGACGACGACGAUAUCGACACCGUGAUACGACGCGCGAAUAAGACUGAGUUCGGACUGGCAGCAGGAGUCUUCUCAAAGGAUGUGUCAAAGGUUCUGCGUGUUGCGGACAGAUUACAAGCCGGUACCGUAUUCAUAAACACCUAUCAGAAAACGGAUGUUGCCGCUCCAUUUGGUGGAUUCAAACAAUCUGGUUUUGGAAAAGACCUCGGUUACGAAGCAUUGAACGAGUAUCUACAGACGAAAACGAUCACAUUCGAAUAUUAA